UACAAAGGUCGAAAUCGGUGUUUUACUACGUAAAUAGUAGAGGCGGUUGAGUCAAGUGUGUCAGUUUGACCUGUUCGUGCUAAUGUUUUAUGGGAAGUAGUAUUAGUUGUAUCACAGAGAUAGAUAUGGCUAAUAAACUAUUACCUGCUGCUGUCAUAGCUUCUCGCUCAAAACAUUCUGCUACAUUGAUUUUCUUACAUGGAUUGGGUGACACAGGGCAUGGUUGGUCGGACACUUUAAAGGAAUAUGUUCCGGACUACUUCAAGAUUAUAUGUCCUCAUGCGAAUUCAAUACCAGUCACACUCAAUGGAGGGAUGUGCAUGCCAGCAUGGUAUGACAUAUAUGCUCUAAGUGAAAACGCUAAACAAGAUGAAGCAGGAAUAAAGGAGGCAUCACUCGAAUUAGGAAAAUUCGUUGAAGCAGAAAUAAAAUCCGGAGUCCCCAUCGAGAAUAUAGUUAUCGGAGGUUUUUCACAAGGUGGUUCAGUGGCCCUCUAUAAUGCACUAACGAGCACUUUACGGUAUGGUGGGGUUGUUGCUUUCAGUUGUUGGCUUCCACUCCAUACAAAAUUUAUGUCCUCACCUACACUCUUGACUAUGCCCAAGGACGUCCCAGUUUUCCAGUGUCAUGGAUUGGAGGAUUAUACAAUUCCUUUUGCCAUGGGAAAGUUAACUCAUGAGCUUCUAAAAACUUUCCAGUUAUCCAAAUGUGAACUCAACUGUUAUCCUCAAUUAUCUCACUCGUCAUGUGAAAAGGAAAUGGGAGAUCUCCGAACAUUCUUGUCAAAAAACAUACCUGGUACACAAUAAAUUUGUGUGUUAGGUGUUACUAGUUCGUCGUUGCCUAAAUGAUUUAUAUGUUUUUGAAGAAUGAGUCCCAGUUCUGAAUUUUCCUCCUUCACUUCCAAUGUACUAUUUCCUGGCACAUGUUUGAUAUGUGUUUUAUGACCCCAUUACAUGGGUUUUUCAUACUCUUAAUGUUUACAGCUCUGUUAUAAAAAUACCGUUACUAGGUAUCAUUUAUGUAUGUCUUACAUACUUUCUUUAAUUCACUAAAAUAUAACUUUUAAUGCU